AUGGUGUGGGUGGUGGCGUACCUGCCUGGCGACCCGACGACGACCUACAAGGGCAACCACUCCGACGGCUCGUCGCAGGCGACCACCGAGUGCUACACGGACAUCGCGGACGAGAGUUCGCACGAGCGGUGCUACGUCGACCCGGCCGCGUGCAACACCGAGUACAGCACGGCCGCGUACGUGGUGGGCGCCACCCUGCACUCCUCGUACCGUGCGUGCGGCUUCAGCAACGAGUUCGAGAGCUAG